AUGAGCAACCUUCUUCAUCUCGCCUCACUCGGGGCCUUGGCCUUGUCCCCCAUGGCAGCGGCCGCUCCCUCUACCCACACCAACUUUAAACAAUGCGUCCAGCUUCAGGUGCCCGUCCCGGUUGUGGCCACCAACUAUCACUACACCAUGAUGCCCCAGGUUGACAGCAACAUUGACGCCAUCGACUGGACCGUGAAUGUCACCACGUGGUCGAGCAAACCUGCUAAGGAUCGCAUCUCCGGUCCCGUGCCCGUCGACCGCACCUUCAGCAUCAGUGCGCAGCUGUGCGUUCCGUCGGAGACGGGCGAUAAGGCGGAAAUCUUGCAGAUCGCAACCCCAGGCCUUGGCUUCGAUAAACGCUAUUGGGAUGCGGAGAUCAAGCCGGAGGAGUACUCCUACGUCGACGCUGCCGUCAAGAAAGGGUAUUCGAUUCUCACCUACGACAGGCUUGGUACUGGCAAGUCGGACAAGCCGGAUGCUUACGACAUUGUGCAAAUCCCGACCGAGGUCGAGGUUCUGGCGGGCUUGACGCGGCUCGCCCGUAGCGGCGAGUUGAUCAGCUCAUCCAAGGUACUGUCGACCGCCGGUGGCAAAACCACCAUCCCCGACUUCAAGGCGUCCAAGAUUGUCCAGGUCGGCCACUCGUUUGGCUCGUUCUUGAUCACGAGCAUGCUCACGCUGUACGGUGAUCUCGCCGACGGGGCCAUCCUGACGGCAUUCCUCAUCAACACCCAGCUGGGCAAGAUCGAUGUCCUGCAUUACGACCACGAGUUCGCUCGGCAGCACGACCCCGUCCGCUUCGGGGAGUACCCCUCGGGGUAUUUCGUGCUGAAUACGGAGAGCUGCAUCCAGAAGCUCUUUUUCCGAAAGGGUGCUUUCGAGCCGAAGAUGCUGACCUACGCCGAGAAGAUCAAGCAGCCCGAGACCGUGGGCGAAUACGCUUCCGAAGGUCCCCCGUCCCCCGCGCCCGAGUUCAAGGGGCCAAUUCACUUCUUCAACGGCGAGUUCGACAACUUCGUCUGCCUCGGCGACUGCAGGGACACGUAUCUGGAGGAGGAAACCAGGAAUAUGUAUCCCGGGGCGUCGGAUAUUUACCCCUACCUGCAGCCCAACACCGGCCAUGCUCUGACGCUGGCGACCAACGCUUCUGCCGGUUAUGAGGUCAUGUUGCAGUACUUGGAUUCCCAGGGACUGUAAAGGGGUUCGUGGAAUUGGCGAGGGAGGUGGUGGUGGGAAGUGGUGGUAUUGAAC